AUGGGCGGCAUCGGGAUCUGGGGCAUGCACUUCGUCGGUAAUAGAGCUAUCGUGCUACAAAACGGAGACCCCCAACGUCAGAUUCUCUACAACCCCGGCUUCACCGCAAUCUCUUUCUUUAUGCCAAUCAUUGUCCUCCUUUUUGCCUUCUACACUCUCGGAAUGCCCACACGAGCUCGACAGCUUCAUGUUGCCAUUGCCUCCUGUCUCACCGGAGCUGCCGUUUGCGCCAUGCACUAUCUCGGACAAUACGGCGUUGAGAACUAUGUUUGCUCAUACCGCGUUCAAAAUGUUGCCGGAGCUGCCGUCAUUGCCGUGUUGGCCAGCUUCACCGCUCUUGGAAUCUUUUUUCGACUACGAGAUGCAUGGAAAGACGGCUGGUGGAAAAGAGCCCUGUGUGGUGUCAUUCUCGCCACUGCCGUCUCUGGAAUGCACUGGACAGCGGCGGUUGGUACAAUCUACCAUUGGAAAGGCGACUUGAACAUCCACGGAAACUCCAGGUCGCAAACCGCUGUCAUUGCAGCUGCUCUUUCAAUGGGCUCCUGUGUCAUCCUUCUUGUGGUGGCAUUGAUCCGAGGCCGCAAUAAACGCACUGCCAGAAUCAAAGCACAGCGUCUGGUGCUGGCUUGCGCCUACUUCGACGACGAAGGCAGAGUGAUGGUCACUCAGGAAGGAACCUUGCCGAGUGAAAAAAUAACAAACCACUAUAUUGAGAAGACCUUCGGAGAAGAUGAACUUGGCAGGUCUCAUCCCACCUACCUCUGGAUCUUCAAAGCAUCCCACAACUGGAUAACGUUACGGGACCUUGUUCCCAGCAUGAAAGAGCAUAUUGAAAACGACCCAAUCGCAAGGAAAUACCGGCCCACCAACACUUCCAAAAGUUUGCCGGACGACGCCCUGGCAGGUUCUUUCAACUUCGCCCCAAUAUUUAAGCAGCUGUUUUGCGUCACGGCCCAGCAGCUCGCCAAUCUCAUUCACCAGCCUCUGGAGAGGUUGGGGGUUCUAUUUGAAGAACCACUUGAGACGGGAACAACCUCCGUGCACACGCAGUUGAAGCUUAAUAUCAGGCCUUUAUCCGCAAAAUCUUACAAAAAAGCGCCCAACGCAGAGCAAGGCUUUUCAUCACCGCUUUCCGUAGCUCGAGGAAAGUAUUUUUUCCUUCAUCGACAGAUAAGCAGAAGCGAGGCGGCCAGGUUUGCCGCACUGGGUUACCGGUUUGCCACCAUCGCGCAAAUCGCAGAACCACUGGCUAAGAGCAUGCAAGUCGGCUGUGAUGAGAUGGUGUCUAAGAUCGAGCGCAUGAGGCGGAGCGCAUCAUCCGAGAACCUCCCACCGCCCGGAGUGCAUCUCGCUUGUUUUAUGCUCCGUCCCACCAUGUACAAGAGCUUUGACGUCCUUGUCCCAGCUGCUGCCCAAGACCAUUUACCUUAUGUCACGAUGCAAUGCGGUGAUCUAACAAAAGAUCAGCUGGCCCAAGUACAUCGGUUUGAUGAUUCCACAAUCAGUGAGAUUUUGAGGAUACUUCUCAACCAAUCUGCUGUGUCCAAAAUUGGCGAUGGGACCCGAUGGCAGCUCUACAACACCUUCGUUAAGCUCGUCGAUGUUAUCGGGGAUUAUGAUACUAUGAUGCAAGCAAAAUUUUCCACUAAAGCAUUCCGAGUUCCAUGUCGACCCACCGAAGGUCCAAGUCCUUCAGCAACAUGUACCUUCCUGACAGUUCGAUACCUGGGAAACAUACAUGCAUCAUCGAGUAAGAAGGAAUUGACAUAUGUCCCUUUGUCCUUCUUCAGUGCCCAACAACAGGGCCAAGCAAAAGACUGCAGGGAUGAAGUGUUUGAGCGGAAGGUCAAGGCAGAGUUUCAGCAUCCUGCCCGCUGCGACUUUAUCAAGUGUCCCUCAUACAUCAGUGUCGAGGACAGCAGAAGGACGAGCUCAGGCGAAUCAACUCUGCAAGGUCCGGAGUCGCCUAGGUCGGGGGUUUUCAAAACCAUGUUGGCUAGGUUUUCAUUUGUUCCUGGCCGGCGAAGCGAUGAAGCCACGAUUGUUGAGCGCGACAGGAGCACAGGAGAGAAAUCUGAUGUUGAAACGGUGGGUAUUGCGAUGUUGGGCAACGCCCGUCACGGAAAUGAGGCAGGGACAACACAUGCGGAUGUCAUCGAGCUUAAGCAAGUGGGCAACGGACAGAGCAGCUGGGUUGGUGAAGUGUUCAGUCUCUUCCGACUGGGAGCGGAAGGCUGGUCCCACGCAAAAGGGGGAGCGGCGAAAUGGGAAAAAGGUGUUGGGAACCCACUCGAGACUGGAAGGAAGGAUCGUCAGCAGAGCAUGGCUGAUACCGAUACAUUGAUUCCACGGAAAUGA